UGGACGUGGAGGAAACGAGAAGCGUUGGACGGACAAUCCAGCCACCAACUCAACCAAUGUGCCGUUUCGUGUGUAACCGUCUCCCCGACUCUUCCAGUUCUCAUGAAUCGAUCCAGGGCCAUGUUCCCGCGUGAUAAUCAUCGCUCACAAUCAGCACAGUUCCGUCAUGAAUCUAGCAACAACGCCCCGCUUUCACGACCCCACUAUUUACCUUGUAAUUUGGUAGUUUUCAGAGAAAAUUAAGCCAGGAAGUUUAAGUGUGAUUGAUGGUCUGCUGAAUUUCGGUUUAGCAAAGGGAAGCAGGGCAUGCAGAGAUUUUAGAUGCCAGGAUGGUUUUCUCACCAGGUUUUGUUGGUUGGCUCUGACUACGGAGGAACCUUGGAUGGAAUUUGUGAGAAAGGAGUAAUGUUUUGAGAUGCGGAUGGUCUUGUACGCCAGGGAUAUUGGCGCCGAAGAGGCUCUACGUUUAGUUUACUGUAUGUUUUAGGAUUAAGAGUGGAGAGAAGAAGAGAAUGGUGCGAUUCGCAAUGCAGGCACUUGGAACCGAGUCCCCGCUUCAGAGACCAUCCAAAAGAUCCCGCAGUGAACCUCUGCUGGAGCUUCCAACGUCGCCACCAUUGCCUUUACUACUGCAAGAGGAAGACCACCAAUUGGCAGCCACGUUCGACCCUGACACUCUAGAUUGUCAGAUCUGUAUGGAGGCUCUCCAUACCCCAAUCUUUCAGUGCUCAAAUGGCCACAUUGCCUGUUCGAGCUGCUGCCAGAAACUCGGCAACAUUUGCGCAUCGUGCUCCAAACCAACUGGGAGAAUCAGAUGCUUAGCCAUAGAGAAGCUUAUAGAUUCCCUUCACAUGAGUUGCAGGAAUGCAGAGUUUGGUUGCCGGAAGAUGCUGAAGUUCACAAAGAGGAAAGGCCACGAGUUGUUCUGCCCUUGCACUCCUUUCGACUGCCCUGUCUCGGAUUGUCCUUUCUCAGGAGCUGCCACAUCCUUUCCGGAUCACUUCUCCGAGUCCCAUCAGAUAAGGACCCUGAACUUCCAAUACGAUGUUUGGUUCACAGCCGUUCUAAACCCGACAGACCUUCAUUUGCUCUUAAAAGCAGACAACAUGGUGUUUCUUCUCCACUAUGAAAAGGAAGAUUUGGGUAACUUAGUAUUUGUUACCUUAUUUGGAGCUCCACAAAGAGAGGAGUUCUUUUCGUAUCACUUGGCAGUGAAAUAUGGUCAGACCAGGUUGACGAUGGAGAGCGUGCCUCGAAGUAUUCUGCGAGCGGAUAAGCGCUCAACUAACUUUAUUUUCAUUCCUAGACCUUUGAAUAUACCUGAAGGUCUGUUGCAAAUAGAGAUCUCAUUUCAUCAUCCUGGUGAAGACAUCUCGGGCUUGCAGAUCAGCCCCUAGCUCUCCAUCUUGCGACAGUAUUUCAGUGCUUCCCUACCACUACGCUUCCCUGUGCAGUUAUUGAUUUGAGAAACUGUAUUAUAAUACGAGAAAAAAGGUUGAAAUAUUUAACGGUCAACACGACGUAACGGACUGAGGGUGGUAGAUUGCUUCACUCUUUCACCUUUUUCAAUGGGGAGGAGAGGGUUUAAGCGUUAAGGAAACUUUCCUAGCUUCCUUGAAGCAUGAAAUGAAGGAUAUGGUUGCCAAUGUUGCAAAGAGGAUUUUAGUUACAGUUGUCUGAUCUGCUGCACUGUGCUGAUUCCUGUAUCCGGUUGGAUCACAUAUCCUCGUGGUUGAUAAUCUUAUCUCCUCCUCUCUUGUACUAGUGUAACAAUCUUUCUUUCAACAUUGUACCAUUACCAAGUAGAGCUAGUGAUGUCCAUUUUAAAGGGCAUUUUUUACCCUGGAGAAUACUUUGUACUCCAAUCGUGAUAUUUGACACAGUUCCAGAUUCUUUUUGCCUUCA